GAAAAAGAUUUAGUUUUUAUUUUUCUUAGAUUUUGGAGUUUAAUUUGGUAAUGAGUUGCGGGAAGCAAAUCGGUGAGGCAAGGAGGGAAGAGAAAUCAGAGGAGUGCCACAAGAAGGGAGACGAGGGGCGGCUAAAGCAGAGUCAAAAGAGUUGGGCAGAAAUCAGUUGGGAAUGGAGGGGAGCGGUGCUGAUACAGACGGCCAUGAAUUCAAGAAUGCGGAGGAGAUGUGGAGGGAACAUGUUGGAAACCCCACUAAGCGCACAGAAUGGUAUCGUGAAGGUGUAGGCUAUUGGCAAGGUGUUGAGGCUUCUGUUGAUGGGGUGUUGGGCGGCUAUGGCCAUGUUAACGACGCCGAUAUAUUGGGUAGUGAAGUUUUUCUCAAAUCCAUUUUGGUCGAGCGUUUCUCUUUUGCUGGAAAAGACCGCCCCCUUGUUGCUCUUGAUUGUGGUUCUGGCAUUGGGAGAGUCACCAAGAAUCUUCUUAUUAAGUAUUUUAACGAGGUUGAUCUUCUUGAACCUGUAUCACAUUUCCUAGAGGCUGCUCGUGGAAACUUGGCUCCAGAAAAUAAUGGGCCCUCUGAUCUGCACAAAGCCACUAACUUCUUUUGCAUGCCUCUACAGGAAUUCACGCCAGAUGCAGGAAGAUAUGAUGUUAUUUGGGUUCAGUGGUGUAUUGGACAUCUCACUGACGAGGACUUUAUCUCGUUCUUUAAAAGAGCAAAGUUGGGCCUAAAAGCUGGCGGAAUUUUCAUCCUCAAGGAAAAUAUUGCAAGAUCUGGGUUUGUAUUAGAUAAAGAAGAUCGAAGCAUCACAAGAUCUGACUCCUACUAUAAAGAUCUAUUCAACCAGUGCGGACUCUACAUAUUUAAAUCAAGGGACCAAAAGGGAUUUCCCCAGGAAUUAUUUCCUGUGAAGAUGUACGCAUUAACUACAGAGGCCCCCAAGAGGAGUUCUCGCAUCAAAAGGGAACAAAGCAAUAGACCUGGCGUUAUCAAGUGAGGAGCUUCACCUCAUUUCUCUCCUUUCUGAAUGAGCCAGUAUCAAUCAAUAUAUACAUUUGUAGACGGGUACUUUUUAACCUUUUAUGUAGAUUGCAUGUCUGUGUAAGUACAUAUUAUCCCAAGAUUCUCGUAGAAUGUCAUCUUGUCUUCAAGUGAUAAGUAUGACCUACUUCCCUUAGUCUUUGUUAACACUCUGGCUUUGAUUGUCGAAUACUCCCGUUUUAAAGAUCUGAACAAAAGCAAAUUAGAAAACCCAAGUUUGUUUUAGAGAAUGA